GCCUAGUGGCGACAACGGCAACAUGGCUCUGAACGGUGCUGAAGCCGACGAUUUCUCCUGGGAGCCCCCAACGGAAGCGGAAACGAAGGUUCUGCAAGCGCGAAGGGAGAGACAGGAUCGCAUCUCCCGGCUCAUGGGCGACUACCUGCUGCGUGGUUACCGCAUGCUGGGCGAGACGUGCGCGGACUGUGGGACGAUCCUCCUCCAAGACAAACAGCGGAAAAUCUACUGCGUGGCUUGUCAGGAGCUCGACUCAGACGUGGAUAAAGAUAAUCCGGCUCUGAAUGCCCAGGCUGCCCUCUCCCAAGCUCGGGAACACCAGCUUGCCUCUGCCUCGGAGCUCCCCUUGGGCUCUCGGCCAGCCCCUCAGCCCCCAGUACCCCGUCCAGAGCACUGUGAGGGAGCUGCAGCAGGGCUCAAGGCAGCCCAGGGGCCACCCCCUCCUGCUGUGCCUCCAAAUGCAGAUGUCCUGGCCUGCACACAGGAGGCCCUCCUGCAGAAGCUGACCUGGGCCUCAGCUGAGCUGGGCUCUAGCGCCUCCUUGGAGACUAGCAUCCAGCUGUGUAGCCUAAUCCGGGCUUGUGCCGAGGCUCUGCGCAGCCUUCGGCAGCUGCAACACUGAGAGGCCCCUCCUGAGAAAAACCCUGUCCAGAAAAACAGCUGUCCUCUUGUGUGGUUUGUUCUUUUCUUGGUUUUGAGUGUGCAUGCCAGCUCCAGCUCCAC